AUGCUUUCCACUGUCUUCGGAGGCAUGGGCUCACUCUGCAGCAGACAAAAGCCUUUGUGUGAGGCUGACACCGAAGAAACCGCAAGGGCUGCAGAAAUUGAGAGGCGCAUUACGCAAGAAACAAAAGCUGAGCAGCACAUCCAUAAGCUCUUGCUUCUAGGUGCGGGAGAAUCAGGGAAAUCUACUAUAUUUAAGCAGAUAAAACUUCUCUUUCAAACUGGUUUUUCUGAGGCAGAACUCAGGAGUUAUACAUCAGUCAUUCAUGCAAAUGUCUUUCAGACUAUCAAAGUAUUAUAUGAUGGAACAAAGGAGUUGGCCCAAAAUGAUACCAAUUCCUCGAAGUAUGUUGUAUCACUUGAUAAUAAGGAAAUUGGAGAAAAGCUGUCUGAUAUUGGAAGUAGGUGGGAUUAUCCUUGUCUCACUAGAGAGAUUGCAAAGGAGAUAGAAACUCUAUGGAAUGACGCUGCCAUUCAGGAAACUUAUGCUUGUGGAGGCAUGCUUCAAAUUCCUGAUUGUACUCAAUAUUUCAUGGAAAAUUUGGAAAGAUUUUCUGAUGUAAAUUAUGUCCCCACGAAGGAAGAUGUUCUCUAUGCCAGAGUGAGAACAUCGGGUGUUGUGGAGAUACAAUUUAGUCCUGUAGGAGAAAACAGAAAAAGUGGUGAGGUCUACAGGCUGUAUGAUGUUGGAGGCCAGCGCAAUGAGAGAAGGAAAUGGAUUCAUCUAUUUGAAGGUGUUACAGCCAUCAUUUUCUGUGCUGCUAUUAGUGAGUAUGAUCAGUUGCUUUUUGAGGAUGAAACAAAGAACAGAAUGAUGGAGACUAAAGAACUCUUUGACUGGGUUCUUAAAGAAACAUGUUUUGAGAAAACAUCAUUCAUGCUGUUUCUGAAUAAGUUUGAUAUAUUUGAGAAGAAGGUUCAAAAGGUCCCUUUAAAUGUUUGUGAGUGGUUUAAGGAUUAUCAGCCUAUGGCGUCGGGGAAGCAAGAGGUGGAACAUGCUUAUGAGUUUGUCAAAAAGAAGUUUGAGGAACUCUACUUCCAAAGUAGCAGACCGGAUCGCGUAGACAGAGUAUUUAAGAUCUACAGAACCACUGCAUUGGAUCAGAAACUUGUAAAGAAAACUUUCAAACUAGUUGAUGAGACCCUGAGGAGGAGAAACCUCAUUGAGGCUGGCUUGCUAUAGUUGACUGGACGCCCAAAAUUCUGUUUGCACUUUACAUCCUGUGGGGAUGAAGGUUGACGGGGAAGUGAUUGUUUCGUGUACCAAAACACAGAAAUAACUGUUUGAAGUGGGUGGGUGCUUUUUCAUGAUAAAUUAUGGUGUGUGCUGAUUCUGUGGUCCGCCUAGAAUCUCCAUGUCACUGGCCUUGUCUAUGCCUAUGCGGAUCAUGUGAUUCUCCAACCAUAAGUGAUGCUAUGCCGGGCUCUUUGUUGCAGGCGUCUUUUAAUGUUAUUGCCUUUAUUUUGUAACAUAUUGUCAAGUCUCUAACAUCUGAUCUGGGGUGGAUUGGAUUGUAUUUUGAGGCUGAGCAAAACACAUGCCCUAUGCAUUCUUUAUUUGUUAAAGAGUAUGUGUGCA